AUGGAUCAUCAGCAGCAACAGCGUGCUGCCGCUCCACGACCUCCACCGGCGCAACCGGAGCAACAACCCCCCGGCGGGAAUGUGAUCCCCUUGCUGACCAUCUUCUUGGGCUUCCUUGCCGUUGUGUUUCUGGCCACAUCGCAGUCACUGGUUCAUUCUUCGACCAAUAUCUCCAAUAGUUUAUCUACUUUGCAUCAAGUCCCAGAAGGUCAUGUUGGGGUUUAUUGGAGAGGAGGUGCUCUUCUUAAGACCAUCACUGAUCCAGGUUUUCAUGUGAAACUGCCUUUGAUAACUCAUUUCGAGCCCAUUCAAGUAACUCUUCAGACAGAUCUGGUAAGGGAUAUUCCAUGUGGAACAAAAGGAGGUGUGAUGAUUAACUUUGAGAAGAUAGAGGUUGUAAACCGUCUCAAAAAGGAUUACGUCUAUGAGACCCUGCUCAACUACGGUGUUCAAUACGACCAUACUUGGAUAUAUGACAAGAUCCAUCAUGAGAUCAACCAAUUCUGCAGUGCUCAUUCUCUUCAGCAGGUUUACAUUGAUAUGUUUGAUCAGAUAGAUGACAAAAUGAAAGAUGCUCUUCAAGCCGAUUGCACACGAUAUGCUCCUGGUAUUGAAAUUAUCAGUGUUCGGGUUACAAAGCCUACCAUCCCUGAAAGCAUAAGAAAGAAUUUUGAGCUGAUGGAAGAGGAACGCACUAAGGUCUUGAUUGCCAUGGAGAGACAGAGAGUUUCCGAGAAAGAAGCUGAGACCCAGAAAAAGGUUGCUAUAUCAGAAGCUGAAAAGUAUGCUCAUGUGAGCAAGAUCCAAAUGGAGCAAAAGUUGAUGGAAAAAGAAAGUGUUAAGAAGCAAGAGGAGAUUGCUAAUUCAAUUUACAUGGCUCGUGAAAAGAGUUUGGCAGAUGCCAGUUUCUACCGAACUCUUAAAGAAGCAGAGGCUAACAAAUUGAAGCUUACUCCUCAAUUCUUGGAAUUGAAGUUCAUUGAAGCAAUAGCUAACAAAUCCAAGAUCUUCUUUGGGAAUAAGGUUCCCAAUAUGGUCCUUGAUCAAAGAUUACUGGGAAACUAUCUGAAGGAUGUGGAUGCGAAUGGAAACUCAGAUGAGAAGGCUGUUUCGUUAACAGUAAGACUUGUUAACUUUAUUAGUUUGCUUUUUGAAGACGGAAAACAGAGAUCGUGA